CUUAUCACAUUAUGUACAGUUGGUUUACGGAAGAAUAUGUAACCUCCAACUAAGGUCGUCCUUUGCCAACCACCAACGCUUGUUGUAAAUCUGUAAAAGUUUGUACAGUUUCGAGACAAAUAUUCCAAUGUUUAUCCUUAAUUGGUUCUACGAUGCUUUAGCUGCUCUUGGUCUUGUAAAUAAGCAUGCCAAGAUGCUGUUCUUAGGUCUGGAUAAUGCUGGUAAAACCACCUUGCUCCACAUGCUAAAGAAUGACCGUUUGGCUGUUAUGCAACCAACUUUGCACCCUACAUCUGAAGAGUUAGCUAUUGGAAAGGUUCGCUUCACAACCUUUGACUUGGGCGGUCACCAACAGGCUCGACGCCUUUGGAGAGAUUACUUCCCUGAAGUUAAUGGCAUUGUGUAUCUUGUAGAUUGCUGCGAUUUCGAGCGACUUUCCGAAUCUAAAGCAGAGUUGGAUGCUUUGUUGGCUAUGGAGGAGCUUGCGAAGGUCCCUUUCUUAAUUUUAGGUAACAAGAUUGAUGCUCCUGGUGCUAUUUCUGAGGAUGAAUUGAAGGCUGCUCUUGGCUUAUACCAGACUACUGGUAAGGGAGUUUCCAAACCUGUUCCUGGCAUCCGUCCCAUUGAAGUCUUUAUGUGCUCAGUAGUCCUUCGUCAAGGAUAUGGAGAAGGUUUCAAGUGGUUGGCUCAAUAUGUUUAAAUUUCCAUACUAUGUUCUGCUGACUUCAGUAACAUUAGCUAAUAAUCUUUCGCUUGAUUCUUCUUUAUUCUUCUAUAAUGUUGUGUACUUCACUUAUAUCUCAAGGAUAGUUUGAUUACCGAUUGCUCCUUCAGGAUGGUUUUCUUUCAAUUCUAGAAUGUCUUUAUGUUUACUGUGUCUAAAUCCACUAUGUAGAAACGUCCUGCGAAAAGUUCAUCAAUGGGCUAUACAGUUCUACUGGUUUUUUUAUUGACAUCUCACGAUUUCAAUAACUGAUUGAUUAUUAUUCUCUAUAGAACGGUCGGAGUUUUGUUGUACCCUUUAGCUAAGUUCGAUAUUAAGGUAUUUCAUACUGAAUGGCCGCUAUCCGCUUACAAAGUUGUCAUGCGGAUUUAGGUCUUAACUGUGGUUCUUAGCAGUAGAUUACAUAUUUAAAUUUAUUACAUAGGGA